CAUAGCAGCUGUUUAAGUUCCAGCAGUAGUGAACGAUGCAGAGCCGUGCGCAUGAAGGACUGCCGCAAACGCUCCGCGAUGGCUCGCAAACGAAAUAUCCUCUUGGUGUAACUAGCAGGAAACUCAAACAACUCAACCAAAGGCCUAUCGCUGAAGUGGUGGUACCACUACCUCCACUUGAUCCAGUACCGUCAACAAAUGAAACGCAACAAAUUAGAACGAUUGAUAUCGCAGGAGGGAUUUCAACCUCGCAACAUCCCUCGAUACCAGUUACCGCCGAAAGCAGUAGGACGCCUCCGACAAAUGCACCCCCAGCUUAUCCCAUCAUAGACGAAAAUCCGCACGCACUAAAUUUAAAUUUAAAUUUGGCAAUGCAUCGCUAUUUCACAUUUCCACUUUUCUUUCGUCUGACGUAUUCCCCUGAAAUGCAACACAUGCUGGCGGAGCUAGGAUUUUACUUCCUGAUCGACGGUGUGCGUGCUUUUUUGCGCUGUCACUUUUGCAAAUUGGUCAUCAGUGCUGAAGAAUUUCAGCACUAUUUUGGCAAAGGCAUUAAAAACACCCUAACGAUUCUUGCAAAAAAAUUGAAUUGCACAAUUGCCUUUGAAGAUUCUAAAAAUGUGCCGAUGGGAGAGGACGUUGACAGCUUAUUGAAUUACAAAUUUGAGGCCCAUCGUCUCUUUUCUUUGAUGAAAAAGAUGAACUGGCAGUUUGUGAAACCUUUUGGACUAGCGAAAAGUGGAUUUUAUUACACUGGAGAUGGUGACAACGUCAGGUGUGCUUUUUGCAACCUGGAAGUUCGAGGAUGGGAAGAGGGAGACACGCCGGACGGUGAGCACAGGCGUUGGAAUCCAAACUGCCCAUUUUUGAAGAGCCAAAAAAGUGUAUUCAACAUACCUAUUGGAAGUGAACAGACUGAAAUGAAACAUGACGGCCUAUCGAAGAUAAACAUUGGCACCAACCCCUUUGCUGUGCCGGAGGGAUUGAAGAAAUAUGGAACCAAUGUUAGAUUUGUAAGACAAAGCUACGCUUUUCUUGUGACCUCUCACGCAUUGAAUAUCCAUGAUUGGUCUGCACCUUUAAACCCGAAAUACGCCACUUUCAACAGCCGAAUCAAUUCAUUCAAGAACUAUUGGCCAAAAAGUCUCAAGCAAACGCCCCUAGAAAUGGCCCUCGCUGGUUUCUUUUACACAGGAACUGGUGAUCGAGCCAUUUGCUUUCACUGCAAUUUGGGUUUGAAAGAUUGGGACCCCAACGACGAUCCUUACGUCCAACACUGCAAGUGGAACUCAAGCUGCCAGUAUCUCCUGAUGCGCAAGGGCUCCAGUUUCAUGAAAGAAGUUCUACAUUACGACCAGAAGAAGGAAAGCUUAGUUGUAACCACCAAGGAGCACCAUGAUGGUGCUUUGAACUGUUCAAUAUGCAGGUCGAAAGAAGUGUCAAAAGUUAAUUUACCUUGUGGUCACAUAACAUUUUGUAACACCUGUUCUGAACCUCUUUGCACUGUUUGCAAAGGUGAAAUAAUCGCUGAAAUUAAAUUAGUAGGCUUUGCUGACUGGUAAUUGACCAGUUGUAUAAACCCUUAGUGUUAGAAGCCGCCAACAGAUAGCGCAAUCAUAGACUUUCUUAAAAAUUUAGUUUCAAGGCACUUCCGCUUCGAUUUCAGAUUCAAUCCUGCUAUUGUGCAUUAUUCACUUAAUAUUCUUUCUUUUUAAGUGCUGAAAACCAAAAUCGGUUAAGCUAUUCGCCGUAGAAACAUUGGAAAAGAUUUGUAUUAAAAAAAUAGUUUUUCACGAUUCUAUGGGGAUUUGCCUAACCGAUUUUAGUUUUCAGAUCGUCAAAAGAAAAUAUAUUAAGUGAUGAAAUGCUCAGUAGUGGGAUUGAGUUUUAAAUCGUGGCGAAAGUGCCUUAAAACUAAAUUUUUAAGAAAGUCUAUGGUUGCGCCAUCUGUUGACGGCUUCGAACACAAAGGGUUUAUACAACAGGUCAAUAGACCAUACGCAAAUAAGCACAAAUAUCGUAUCUAGUACCCUGCGAAUUUCGCUCGCGACAUCGCAAAAUCGCACCGGUUGGGCUUGGCUUUGGCGGAUAGGAGUCCUCUUUGGCCGGAGGAUGUGACUCUCCGUCAUAAAAACCGGCCACCGCAACGAUCAUCCAGUGAUCUUAGCUUGGGAUUACAGGAUAAUCGACCCCGCUGUGCCCUCUGCAUUCAAAGACCCCUUUUAUUCUCAUUUGCCUAAGAUGAGGAGCCAUCUCUCAACUGGGCUUGAAGGCACGUUGGGUAAUAUGUACUACCUUCUUUACAAGCAUUAUUGUAUUAUGUGUGAUAUUAAUAUUAGGUUGGUAAAUGUGUUUAAUAGAAUUAAUAGUGGUGUCCACCCAGGUUUUAUUACCCCAAAUAGAGAUUAUAGGAUUAACUAACAAGUAAGACUUCACAAUUUUAAUGUUUCAAUUUUAAUGUCACAAUUAAUGCCGCGUACCGCUUUAAUGAUAAUAUUUAUUUUGAUGUAUAAGUGACCCUUGAGUGGUCUGGGUCCCUGUGCGGCCUGGUGCGCCCAUGUUAUCCGUUCGCGGUGUUAUUGCGACCCGGGUUUCAGCAUUCGUGCUAUAGUGCAGUGCGCGGACAGGGAUAAAAAGAGCCAAAAAUGGAAAAUAAAAUAGAAAGGCCAUGAAGUAAUUCACCUUUAUAAUUGUUGAAUUUGUAUAGUUGUAUCUAAUUGUUCAUAACAAUGCAAUAAAUCAAUUUAAAUAAA